AAAAAAAAAAACACACACUAAACUCUAUCUUCCAUCUCAUAAGUCAUAACGCCCUUCUCAGCCGUCGCCGCCACCGCCACCGCCACCGCCACGUCGAGCCUUGCCGCGACCACCAUCUACAACCUUCCUGCUUCAACCUUCUCUGGUUUUUCUAUUCUCAUUCCCAUUAACAGCCAAAAUGCAAGGAGGAUUGCGAUCAUUUUUGUCAGACAGGAAUGUCAUUAAAAAUGCUGUUUUGCAACGAGUCUGCAUGGUGAAUCCCCUGUUGCAGCCAGUUGCCUUUUCACGGUUUGAGUCUGCUACACCUGCUCGUAUUGAGGAGCAUGGUUUCGAGAGCACCACAAUUUCAGACAUCUUGCAAGGAAAAGGUAAAGGCGCUGAUGGUUCCCGGCUUUGGUGCACCACAGAUGACACUGUUUAUGAUGCUGUGAAAUCGAUGACACAAAACAAUGCUGGAGCUUUGGUGGUCGUGAAACCAGGGGAGGAGAAAUCAAUUGCUGGAAUUAUUACAGAAAGAGGUACCAAAUGUUCACACAGUUAUCCUUCACCAUCAACAAUGAAACAUUUUUGGAGAUUCACUUUGAAAGCAUCAAAAUCUUCCAAAUUCAACGAAUUGCAUACCCUUUCAAAUCCCACAUUCAUCAAACAAUAUUCGAAUUCGAAUACGCCGCAAAAUCCAAACAAGGUCUUAGACCUAGUUUCAUUUCUCAAACCUUCAACAUCCAUUCCAAAUCCAGAAUCCACCGAACAAAUACCAAACCACGUCUUAGACCUUGUUUCAUUGUUCAAACCUCCAAAUCAAGAGGACAAAGUCGCAAUUUUGACGAAAGAUUUGAUUUGUGUAGCUUCUGAUUCUGUUAGGGUUUCAUCUAUUUUGGAUCAGAAUUCUGAAUAUUUGAUUGGAUCUCACCCUGUUUAUAUUCAACUUUUGAAUCAAUUGAAUUCAAAACCUUCCCUUUUACUUGAGGUGAUUAAUUGGAGAAGGAAGCGAAAGCUAUCUUUUUCUGAUGCUUGCAGGAAUUCCAUGCAUGCACAUGAGUAUUCAAAGGGCAUUAAAGCGGCAGGAAGAUCUAGGAAUAUUGAUCUUGCUGUGGAGCUAUUUAAGGAGGCAGAAUUUAAGGGUUUGAAGAUAACCAGCACUUACAAUGCACUAAUGGGUGCUUAUAUGUUCAAUGGUCUUUCUGAUAAAUGCUACUCUUUGUUUCUCGACAUGAAAAAGGAUCCAACUUGCUAUCCUUCUGUUGCUACGUACAAUAUUGUUAUAUCUGUUUUUGGUCGCUUGAUGCUCACUGAUCACAUGGAAGCAACAUUUAAGGAGAUGAACGAGUUACCCCUUGCACCUAAUAUAUCCACUUAUAAUUAUUUAAUUGGUGGAUAUAUCUCCACUUGGAUGUGGGGUGAUAUGGAGAGAGUUUUUCAAGUGUUAAAUUCAGGCCCUGUUGAGCCUAAUGUGAAAACUUACCUGUUAAUGAUUCGUGGUUAUGCACACUUGGGUAAUCUGGAGAAGAUGGAAAAGAUAUAUUCGCUGGUAAAGGAUAAUGUAAACGACAUACCAAUUAUCAGGGUUAUGAUAUGUGCCUAUUGUAAAAGUUCUGAUGCAGAUAAAAUGAAUAAAGUAAAGGCGUUGUUAAAGUUGAUCCCUGAAAAAGAAUACAGGCCAUGGUUAAAUGUGUUGUUGAUUAAGCUUUAUGCCGAGGAAAACUGUUUGGAGGAAAUGGAUAAUGCAAUAAAUGAGGCAUUUAAGCGCAGAACCGUUGUAACGACCAUGGGUAUUAUGAGGUGCAUAAUUACAGCUUAUUUUCGGAACAAUGCGAUAGAAAGCCUUGAAAAAUUCACCAUACGUUCUGUACUUGCAGGGUGGAGAAUGUGCUACUCCUUAUAUCAUUCUAAGCUGGUCAUGUAUGGUUCACAAAAGAACCUUAGAGAAAUGCAAAAUGUCCUUGAGGAAAUGGAUAGCGUCAACAUGCAACGCACCAAGAAAACACUGUGGAUAAUGUACAAAGCUUACUGGAGUUGUGGUCAGAGAUCCUUGGUUUUGAAAAUAUUGGGACAAAUGUUCAAGCAUGGUCAUGAAGUUCCCAUUGAUGCAUUUCCAUCAUAAUUUAUAUUGCUGAGGUGCAUCGCAUAUGUCGUUACCGUAGCUAUAAACAUGUUCUGUAGAUAAACACGAAGAUGUUCCUGAAUUUGUCUACAGUUUUAGGAAAAAUGGCAUGCAACUCGUUGAAUAUAUUUGAUUAUUGGAUUGGAUUGCAUUCAAAGGAAUUUCUGUAAACAUGGUUAUACACGAUCUUUCUAUUAGAUAUUUUUCUUGCCAAAUGGAUUUCUUCAAUGGGGGGUUACCAUCUCAAAUAAUAUGUAGGUAUGCAUCAAUUUGCUGCUGGUACUAAAAGCAAUCCUUGUAAGGGUGAAUUUACAGUUUUGAGGUCUAAUUUUUCUGAAAUGAACGCACCACUCACCAAAUACCAUUAAGAUUGAAUGAGAACAUGGCCUCUGUUGUGAUGGAAUGUGAUUGUGAAAAUGGAGGUAAAUUAGACAGUCCUGAUCCAAAACCAUUUGUUAGCUGCAGUUCAUGAGAUGUCAGAGAAGCAAACAUGUACAACAAAUUUAUUCAUUCCAUCUUCUUAGAGUGUGAUGGCUUCAUAUGUUGUCAAUGACUGCCACUGCUAGAGACAUCAUUCAAUUUUGAUUGAGGUGAUGGAAGCUGCAGAAUCAAGUUUGUCUGAAAAGAAUGUGGAAAAGACAACUGGCUGUACCAGUUGCUUUUGAAAAUUGGAAAAUGAGAUUGGAGGAGUUCAUGCAGGUAAUGGUCAAGAGUGCUGAAGAAACUCAUGCUCUUGAGAUUGUUUUUAAUGUCAAAGUCCGUAGGAGAUAGAUACUUGAAACCAUGGAUAAUUCCACUACCCAAAGUCAGUAAAUGAAAGGUGCCAUAUUCUAGCCGGUGAUUGUUUAUGGGAUGUGAUGACAAAUGAAAAACUUGUGAUGUUACUCAAAAAUGAAUCCUUCUCUGGCUAGAAAAAUGACAAUGAUUUAUCAACAGGACUAGGCAAUGUAAUCGAUCCUGCUGCUCAGUAUGCUAGAGUUCUACCAAAAUUUGCCUUUCAAAGAGGAGGCAAAGAUUCGGACUUGAAGGCUCAGACAAUUCAAGAGAAAAGCAUAUUUACAGCCAUACUACAUUUUUUCUUCUUCAAGUAUCAGGCAAAGAUAAUACUCUUCUUUAGGAAUGUUUAUGGCUAUACUACAUUUUUUCUUCAAGUGUUUCUCAAUUGCAGCAUAUUUUAUUUAGCUCUUCAGUUUUUCAUGGGUUCUAAUCCAUUUUACAACUUAAUUACAUACAGUUCUGGAAUAGCUCAGCUUAAGAUGAGAAUGUUAAUUACUUAAUGAUGUCAAAUUUUUAUGUGAUUAUCUAGACAAAUAAUAAAAACAGCAUAGAUUAUUCA